UUUUUUAUCAUUAAUAAUGUUUCUUUUUUUUGCUAAUUUCAGAGGAACUAAAAGUAAUAUAAUUAAUAGUUUUGAAGUAAGUUUUGUUAGCAUUGAGGGUUUGUGAGAGUGGUAAAAUGGGGAAUGGAGCCUUGAAUGAAUGUGAGCCUUGACACAGACCGACAAGAAGUUGGUAAACAUGGAGUGAAAGACGUUGAUAUGUUCCAGAGUGUCUGGUAAACAUUUAACACAAUUGCAGGGAUUUCAAUCUUCAUUUAAUGAAUAAACAUUCAAUUGUUGUUGCGGGAUCACCUCCACCAUCCUCUGCCCCCUUAACACAUUCAUCACAGCACCCACAAUUCAGUACUUCGGUUAUAUAGCAUCAUCUCCGCCUGAAUAUUUGCUGUGUGGGUUUGCCUGAGAGUGCCACUUGAACUGGGACAAUGGAUGCGAUAUUUAUCCUCGAUACUCAACUCCUUCCGCAAGGGGAGUCACACACCCCGCACCCCAAAUGCCAUAGAAAUUGAGCUUUUUGGUGUGGGGAACUUUUAAAAUGGGAAUUUUCUGUUACACCACCCGGCGCCUCCACUGCACUUCCACCAUAUCGGAACACUUCAGACAGUGUUAAAAUUCUGUGCUAUUACAAUCUCAAUGGGUGGGAAAAGGCGUCUAACUACGGGAGAUCCCGUGCCCCGUCAAUUGCGCACAUUUUGAUGUCAUUAAGCGAUAAGAAAUGGAGAUUCAUUUUCAGCCACAAAUUUGGAACUUUGCACCAUUUCGCGACUAAUUGUAAAAUAAUUGCGCAAAUGCUGGGAAAUGAUUUCUGGAAAAUGUCUCGUUGAAAUUGCUCUGUGAUUCACAAGUGGCCAACACGCCUAUUUUCCAUGGAAAUACAUCCAAUUGUUGAGUGACUGCUAAAAUGAAUCAUUCAGUGUCUGUAGCCAUCCUCCUGAUGACUGUAGCUGGUGCAAGUGCGGGCCUCUACAACAUCAACAUUACCAAAGUAGAUUGCAUUGCUGAUGAAUACUAUUGCCAGGAUAGUGUAUGCUCAGGCAUCUACAGAAGUACCGAUCCUCCGAUGUUCAACUUCUCGUGCACUUUCCCCACCACCUACACCUCCCUAAAAAUGCGAAUGGUAACGUACUACAAGUACACUGUCUACCGGAAAUCCCUAAUUGAUCAUACGGAAGAUUUGUGUGCUUUCCUGGAGAAUCGUGGGCACAACCCCCUUUUGCAGAUAUUUGGUGACUACACCAUGAAGUACUCCAGCUUUGAGAAGAAGAAAUGUCCAUUCGAGAAUGGCACGUAUUCGUUUAUAAAUUUACCACUGAAUCUGGAUCUCCUCCCACCGUCAUUUCCCGAUGGUCAGUAUCGAUUUGACUUCCAUCUCAGCAAUCAGUUCAAGAGUUCCUACUUCCUCACGCAAAUCUACCUCACCCUACGCAGCAAGAGGCUCUUCUGAUGAUGAUGGACUACCAAAAAAUGGGGUUGGGCCAGUCUCUGUAUAAUAUUUUGUUAUUUAUGCCAAGAUAUUCGUCUUUAUUAUUUUUCCACCACAAAUGGAACGGGGAAAAUAUUGUUGGAGCACUUUUGGGUUAAAGAACCAUACGAAGCGCGGGGAUGGUGGUUAAUGAACAGUGAGUCGCUGAGGGGCCAUAAAUUAAAGAGCGCCUGCAGAAACGCAUGGAGAAUGUUUUUUGGAUGGGGAUGGAGGAAGUGCGAGUCGUGAUGAGAAUUUAACAUAAAUAAUUUCACCAAAUUGCUAAAGCGACUUAUCAUCUGUGAACAGUCAACGAGCAUAUUCCGGCGAGAAUUUUCGAGGGCACACAAUUAUACUUUAUUGGAUAAAAUGUCGUUUUGCCUC